AUGCCGGCGCUGGCGGCCAACUACUAUGUGUGGCCGGCCGCGCAGCUGCUGAACUUCACUCUGGUGCCCCAGGACCUGCGGAUCUUGUACGUGAAUGUCAUCAGCAUUGCAUGGACCGCCUACAUCUCAAACAUGGCCAGCAGCACGGCCUCGGACGCGCCAGAGGCAAGCGGCGGCGCCGCGGCCGCGGCAACGUCCGAGGCCGCGGGCCGCGCGGAGGCGGAGCGGCAGCAGCGGGCGAGUGGGGUCGCGGGCGCUGCGGUGAUGAGCAGCAUCGGGGAGUACUGA